AUGUUUCGCCGAGUUUUGCCGUCGGUUCGACGAAUUUCAGCGGCGAAACGUUUUUCCAGCGGCGUCGACGGCGAUUCGUAUAGGCUCAAUGAAUACAGCGUCAAAUAUUUGGGGAAUAGAGAGGCGACGUUCACUGAAAAACUGAAGAUUCAUGAUGAUAAAUGGGCGCCGACGAUUCCAAUCUAUCGCGUCACCGACGCAUUGGGAAAUGUGCUCGAUUCGAGUCAAGACCCGAAAUUUUACGAGCAGACAUCGCUGAAAAUCUACAAGACAAUGACUCAAUUGAAUAUUAUGGACCGAAUUUUGUAUGAAUCGCAGAGGCAAGGAAGAAUCUCGUUUUAUAUGACCAGUUUUGGCGAAGAGGGAAAUCACGUCGGAUCGGCGUCGGCUCUCGAACCGCAAGAUUUGAUCUACGGCCAAUAUCGCGAGGCUGGUGUGUUGCUGUGGCGAGGGUUCAGCAUGACGAGCUUCAUGAAUCAGUGCUACGGAAACUCGGAGGAUAUCGGAAAGGGCCGCCAAAUGCCGAUACACUUCGGCACCAAUCAACUCAAUUUUGUCACCAUCUCGUCGCCGCUCACCACGCAAUUGCCGCAAGCGGUCGGAUCGGCGUACGCGUUCAAACGAACGCCGAACAAUAAUCGAGUGGUCGUUGUCUAUUUCGGAGACGGCGCGGCUUCUGAAGGCGACGCUCACGCCGCAUUCAAUUUUGCCGCCACACUCGAUUGUCCGGUGAUCUUCUUUUGCCGCAAUAACGGCUACGCGAUUUCGACGCCGACGAGCGAGCAGUACGGCGGCGACGGAAUUGCGGGCAAAGGGCCCGGCUACGGCUUGAACACGAUUCGCGUCGACGGCAACGAUGUGCUCGCUGUCCACAAUGCGACGAAGGAGGCUCGCCGAAUGGCGUUGGAGAACAAGCCGGUGCUCAUCGAGGCGAUGACGUACCGCCUGGGACAUCAUUCGACUAGCGACGAUUCGACGGCGUACCGAUCGGCUGAGGAGGUCGAGACGUGGGGCGACAAAGAUCAUCCGAUAACGCGAUUCAAGAAAUACAUCACCGAGCGCGGAUGGUGGAAUGAUGAAAAGGAGAAGGAAUGGCAGGCUGAGGUCAAGAAGGAGGUUCUGUCGGAAUUCGGAAAAGCUGAACAACGAAAGAAAGCUCAUUACCAUGAAAUGUUUGAGGAUGUGUAUGAUCAGCUGCCGCCAAGACUCGUCCGCCAACGAGACGAGCUCGACAAGAUCAUCGCUGAGUACAAAUCGGAAUAUCCGAUGGAGACAAUAUUGCCGAAAUAA